CUCCCCCUUCUAUUCGACUGCCACAAUCUUUCUCUCUCUCUCUCUCUGUAACCUCCCUAGCAUUCGAAUGCAGUGCUCAACGUCUCCGUCGCUGAUUACCUCUGUGCCCUAGCGCCGCCGACAAUCACUAUCUACCGCCUAUUUGAGAGGUUCUCUCUACGGUUCUUCUUGGAUCGGCCUUAAAAAAACGUACUGAAGGUUUGGUCUCUAGUGUUUCUUACCGCCAUGGCUCCUUGGCGUAAACGAGGAGCGAACAAAGCAAAGGCCAAGACUCAGUUGAGUUUGGGAGAGCUCAUUCUUGCCAAGGUCAAGGGCUUCCCUGCGUGGCCUGCGAAGAUUAGCAGACCAGAAGAUUGGGAUCGAACACCUGACCCAAAGAAGUAUUUUGUCCAAUUCUUUGGAACUCAAGAAAUAGCUUUUGUUGCCCCUGCAGAAAUUCAUGAAUUUACUGGUGAGGUGAAGAACAAAUUGUCCGCUCGGUGCCAAGGCAAAACAGUUAAGCCAUUUGCUCAAGCUGUAAAGGAGAUUUGUGAAGCUUUUGAAAAUUUACAGCAAAAAAAAUCAGGGGAAUUGAGAGUUGAUACUAAUGGAUCUGCCAUUGGGUGUCAGGCACCUUCUGUCGAUGGGUUAGAUGAUGAUGGAGUGGAGCUUGACUUAAAAGAUGGGGUUGGUGUGACUGGGCCAAAUGAAGAAUUAGAGUUAGAGGGCCUAACCAAUGGUGGCUCAAGGUUGGAGUAUACCUCGCAUAGAGAAGGCAAGAAAGAUGGUCAAGAUGUGAAGCCUUUCAUAUCAUGUAACAAAAAUAAUACUUCUUCUCAAGUUGCAACAACUAAGAAAAAGAAUAAAGCAUUUAAUGAGGGUUUAUGUUUACCAAAGAAGGAGGCAGUGUCAGCAUCUAGUCCUGCCACUCUUUCUUGUAUGAAGGAAGAAUUUUUGGCGAUAAAAAGGAAGAUAUUGCGAAUCAUGCUGAACAGGUAGUGUCUGAUACAAAAGGAAACAACUGUUUAUCCGACACUGAGAGACUCCUUUUAUGACCUGGUUGAUGAUAAAAGAAAAGGUUCUCCAUCUUUAGUUGCAUCAGUUCGUGUUCGUCAUGCUAGUGGUGGCCAUAGGGCAUUGACUAAGUGCGUCUUAGCUUACAUCUCUUAUCUAUCAUCUGUGCUUAGACAAGUAAUCAUGUUCAUACACUCGAAGCACACAGAUGAGAUACUGUGAUUUGUCAUAAUCAAAAUAGGGAGCUGACCAAAAAGUCAACAGAACUACAAGUUGAGUUAUUUGUCUUACAUAAAAGGUUUAUCAAAGUGUCCAAAAGAAACAUAAA